AUGCCUUGUAAUGGGAACCUUUCCCAAGUCUGUGGAGGUUCUGGUCGCCUCAGUGUUUAUGAUUUAAACAAUGCUAUUAUCUCACUCCCUACCCUCACGACAAGUUCUAUUCCCGUCCCUACUUACACGGGAGCCCCUACUGGGUGGGAACCUCUUGGGUGCUACAAUGAUAGCGUGAAUGGACGUACCCUCAACACGCAAGUAUAUUCUAUUGCCGGGACAUCCAUGAGUGUCGACACAUGCCUUUCCGCCUGCAUUUUCGGAGGUUACAGACUUUCAGGAGUCGAGUAUGGCAGUGAAUGUUAUUGCGACCACGAGAUUAAUAAUUAUGGCGCCCCAGCCACAGGUUGUACCAUGGCAUGUGAAGGAAAUUCGACACAAUUUUGCGGAGGGGCCGGACGGAUAAACGUAUACAAUUACACAGCAACGAGCCUGCCAUCUACUCCAACGCCAACUACAGUCAGUGUUACUGUUCCUACGGCCACGAUCACAGAUCUUCCCGAAGGAUGGACCUACAAGGGUUGUUGGGUCGACCGAGCUCUUGGUCUUGGUAGUAUUCUCGCAAAUAACCUGCCUAACGAUGCUAAUAUGACUGUGGAAUCGUGCAUACAAAACUGUAUCACGGCAGGAUAUAGUAUAGCUGGAAUGCAAUACUAUACGCAAUGUUAUUGUGACUCUGCAAUCAUUAAUCAGGGUGCCUUGGCAUCUUCAGAUUCACAAUGUAACACUCCGUGCGGAGGUAAUUCAAACCAAAUGUGUGGCGGAGGGGAUAGGAUGAGCGUUUAUUCCAAUCAAACGGAUAUUAAGGUGUUACCAUUACCAGUGAUAGAGAACAGGGCGUUACCAGGCAACUGGAAAUACAAAGGCUGUAUUAGCCUUUGUUCUGAAUAUGGAUACGGUGCUGGGGGGAUGGAAUUUUCGAACCAAUGCUUCUGUGGGGAUGUACAAAAUGUUAUCGAUCACAAUGCCGCAUCGGUCAAUGAUUCUCAAUGCAACAUGCUUUGCAGCGGCGAUCGUGACACGUACUGUGGCGGACCUUCCUUGAUCUCCUACUACGUUUGGACAGACACACAACUUAAUAGUUGGACGUUUGAAAGUGGAAAUGCUGCCGGAAAAUACGAGUUUCUUAUAGGAGGACCAAUCGUUCCUUUAACAUCUACUGUCGGUAUCAACGGCAAGGUCUCAUUCUUAGAAAAGUUCGGCACCUCGCCUGACAAGAAUAGUACCGGUGCUUAUGAGCUUGACCUUACUCAGGUUAGUAGCUUUGAUGCUGCAUGGCGUACCAUGCAUGUGAAGACAGACAUAUUCUGCUCCGCUAGUAUCGUUCUCCCUGAUCGUCUUGCUCGUCAAAUCAAUAUAGGGGGCUGGUCAAUUCCCUCGACUAUAGGUAUACGGUUCUAUACUCCUGAUGGCGCGCCGGGGGUACCAAGCAAAAAUGACUGGGAAGAGAAUUAUCAAGAGAUUGCGCUGCAAGAGGGCCGAUGGUAUCCUUCAGCAAUGGUUAUGGCCAAUGGGAGCAUCCUCGUAGUAGGGGGCGAAGUGGGCUCUAACGGGGCAGCUGUUCCUUCACUAGAAAUCAUUCCUCGACCUCCUGGAGCAGGAACUCUCUUUUGCGAUUAUCUGCAACGUACAGAUCCGUUUAAUUUGUAUCCAUACCUCGUGGUCCUUCCUUCUGGCGGCAUCUUUAUUGCAUAUUACAAUGAGGCGAGAAUUCUGGACGAAGUUACUUUGCAAACUCAAAAGCUGUUACCGAAUAUUCCUGCCGCGGUAAAUAAUUUCUUGGGUGGUAGAACAUACCCUAUGGAAGGUACUGCUGUAAUAAUGCCACAGAGUGCGCCUUAUACAGAUCCACUUGUAGUUAUGAUUUGUGGAGGCUCGAUACCGGGCCCGGAGAUUGCCUUGGAUAACUGUGUAUCACUUCAGCCAGAGGUAGCUGGUGCAAAGUGGACCAUUGAGCGCAUGGUAUGCUUUCUUUCCUAUUUUGUUCCUCGGACGGUUUCACUAAUGGGAAUUUACAGCCUUCAAAACGAGUAA